CAUUUGACGCUAGAGGUCACUGGUUUGUCAUCAAACAUGGCGGCUUCCUUGCUAAGCAGGAGGACAGCCUUAUUCUCUGGCGUUAGUAAAUUAAACUCCUUUCUACCGGCUGUAGUCCAGCAGAUCGCGCACUAUAACCCCAGACCCCUCUGGCUGAAUAUAAAGAGCCCUUACAUACCGAGUCAUGAGAGCGAGAAGACCCCCGAGUGGCAGAAGACCGAGAAGUAUAAGCGCAGGCUGUUUGGCCGCUAUGGAGGGGUGUCUGGAGUGGACCCGGCCAAACUCUGGCCCUCUCACGCCCGGCUGGAGGAGCUGAUGGCCGAGGAGAGAGAGUGGCACCCUCCGAUAGAGGUGAUGCUGGAGAACAUCGCGGCCAGAGAGAGAGAGAAGGAGCAGAGGCGGAUGGAGAGAGAGAAGAUAAUCGCUGCAAACAUGGCCAAAAUGCCCAAGAUGAUUGCCGACUGGAAAAAGCAGAAAAGGGAGGCAAAACAGAAGCAACGAGAAGAGAAAAUCAAGCGGGACAAACUGCUGGCCGAGGCAAGAGAGCGCUUUGGUUAUGCGCUGGACCCUCGCAGCGCCAAGUUCAAAGAGAUGGUCACUGAAAUAGAGAAAGAGGAGAAGAAGAAGAGAAGACUUCUGAAACGCAGGAAGAAAGAGGAAGAGCAGGGGUCAGAAGCAGCCGAAUCCAGCCAGUAACCCUCAGAGAACAAAGACUUUUAUACAGUGCUACUGUACCAUAUUGUAAAAUUGGUUUCUUUGUACAUGUUAUUAUGAUUGUCUCACUAAAAAUCACUCACUGAAACAACAUGCCUGUAUCCGAUAAUACUAAAGAAUAAACUAAGUUUAGAAAGUGAAAAUCUCA